AUGGCGGCCGCUUUUGUGAACGGCACCGAUAUGUUCGGGUUUCCCUUGUCUGCUCCAGCAAACGUUUCUGCGAGCUUCUGGGACCCGAGUGCAGACAUGUCAGGAAUGGAUAUCGACUUUUCCUUUGGUCCUAAUGUUUUCCAGACCUCGGGCCACCGUCACAUGCCUUCAUUCGACGCCUCGCAAAUGUUUCAGGAGGCGAGUGCUCUGCCAUCCUCAAAUAGCCAGGAGAGCUCCCAGCCUAUCAAGCGAACUCGACCUCUGGCUCCUAAGCCUGCCUUGCAUAAUGUUCAGUCCACCUCAGCAGAUAUCUCCAUGGCGUCGACCUCGUUCUCGACGUCGGUGGAUGACCCCUUUGGCAUCGUGAGCCCGGGCGGAGUCGAUCCGGGUCUGUUGUUUGGCCGACCGUCAUCCUCCCGUAUGGACACCAACAUCCCCGUAACGCAGGGCUCGGCACAGUUCGCCUUGGCUGUUGCUGCGGAAUCCCAUUCCAGAGCACCAAUGCACAACGACAUUCGGCGUUCCCUUAGUACGAAAGAGCUGGGACCCGGUAGAACAGCUGGCAAUGCAUCUGUGAACUCGCCUGUCAAGGCCCAUGGGCGUCCCAGUGGCCUACAGCGGAGCGUCAGUGAGAACCGAGGGCGCCGCGGGUUGGCAAAGGCAGCGUUGCCAAAACUCGCCCCAGCCAUACAACCAAGACCGCAGGCCACUAAUGGACCAGCAGUUGGCUCGGGCCGGCCACCGAGCCGUCCCUCCGGCAGAAUAUCGCCUCUAAAACAGCAGAAUACUCGCCUUUCUAGCCUAACCUCGAUACCUGAGGCUGCCACCUCGCGCACGCGGGCCGCUGUCAAGUUCACCAUUGACUCGAAAGGCAGAGCAAGAGCUGAGACCACCAUGGUGGUGGACGACCCAACGACCGACAACCCGCAGAGAAGACCGGUAGCCCGGGAAAUGCCACGGAGGGAGAAGAGCUGGGAAUCGGAUGACGACGAAUCUUCAACAGACGAUGAGCCAAUCAUCAUACCCAGCCGAAACACCUCUUUUGCGCUACCCGAUCCUCGAAGACCAUCUUCGGCCUCUAUCUUUCACUCGUCUAGAAGAAGUGUCAGCGAACACAGUUCGAGCAGUUUUGGAGCGUCAGUCUCGCAGCAUGAUGCCGAAAGUGAAGCGGAGACCGUCAUGAAUGAGGCGCCAGGAAAGGGAGGUGACGCAGCAAGCGAGCUGCGGAAGCUGGUCGAGAACCGACAGAAGCGAGGGCUUCAGGUAGCAUCCAACCAACGAUCACAACGAUUUACGUCCGGAAGCUUUCAAGAUCAUCAUGGGUGCCUAAUGUCGCCGACCGCAUUUACUGAAGUCAGCCUGCCGUCCCCAACAAAGGCGACUUACAACGUUCGAUGUGUAUGCAGAAACGGCGCGGAUAAACAAGGAGAGUAUAUGGUUCAAUGGUAG